AUGCUGGUAACCUAUUUGGAAGCCAGCCGGGACCUUUGCGAGACGGACUCAGUUCUUUUUGGCGCCGCAGUGGCAGCUUGCCGUAUUAUUGGCGCCAAACUUCCCAUGGCUGGACGCGCUACUAAACAAAGUAGCGCCAUCCCAGCCUGGAGAAAAAGAAUUGAGGACCGUAUCGUAAAGGCAAGGGCCCUUAUCGGCAGACUGAUAAGCUUCAGGUCGGGUAAUAAUAGACCGAGGGUUGUGCGCACCGUUAGAAUGGCGUUUGCUGGGACAAAUAUCAGUUUGUCCCAGCCGGAUAUCACGCAGAAACUAACGGAGCGCAUAGACGACCUGAAGCAAAAGAUUGCUGCUUGGGGGAAGCGGAUUCGCCGAUUUACCGAGAGGUCAAGGCGGUUCAACCAGAAUCGUCUCUUCCAGAGUGAUCAGAAGAGGCUCUACAAAGCUAACACUGUCGCAUUUUGGCGUGGCCUGUGGUCAGAGCCCGUAAACCACAGCGAGGGCCCUUGGACGGAAGUUGUGGCGAGUCAGGGUGCGAGUAUUACGCCCAUGGACCCCGUCAUCAUAACGCCGGAUGACGUAGCUGAGGCGGUCCGUAGAGCCCCGAACUGGAAAAGUCCGGGGAUCUUGACGGGCUGCAUCACUACUGGCUGA